CGGUCGCGUAUAUAUUGGUGCUCGCAGUGACCAUGUCUCUGAACCGUUAUAGCAAACACAACGGAAAGACCUCACUCAGAGAAACAUAUUUUGAUAUUAUUGUGCACUUAACAAAAUUUAUUGUCAUUCAUCACAAACAUGACAGCUCCAGCUAUCGGCAUCGACCUGGGCACCACGUAUUCGUGCGUGGGCGUGUUCCAGCACGGCAAGGUCGAGAUCAUCGCCAACGACCAGGGCAACAGGACCACGCCCUCCUACGUCGCCUUCACCGACACAGAGAGACUCAUUGGAGACGCCGCCAAGAAUCAGGUGGCCAUGAAUCCGAGCAACACAGUGUUCGAUGCUAAACGUCUCAUCGGUCGGAAGUUUGACGAUGCAACUGUUCAGAAUAACAUGAAGCACUGGCCUUUCACUGUGAUCAGCGACGGCGGCAAACCAAAGUUGAGAGUGGAAUUCAAGGGAGAAAGCAAGACUUUCAACCCUGAGGAGAUCUCGUCCAUGGUGAUGACCAAGAUGAAGGAGACAGCCGAAGCCUACAUGGGGAACAGUGUGAAGGACGCCGUGAUCACGGUGCCCGCCUACUUCAACGACUCCCAGCGACAAGCCACCAAGGACGCAGGAACCAUCGCAGGCAUCAACGUUCUUAGGAUCAUCAAUGAACCCACAGCUGCCGCCAUUGCUUAUGGACUGGACAAGAAGAGCGUAGGAAACGGAGAGCGAAACGUGUUGAUCUUCGACCUGGGAGGCGGAACCUUCGACGUGUUCAUCCUCAGCAUCGACGAGGGAUUGUUCGAGGUCAGGGCAACAGCCGGCGACACGCAUUUGGGAGGCGAAGACUUUGAUAACAGAAUGGUUAGUCACUUCACUCAAGAGUUUUACACUUCCAUCACCCGUGCAAGAUUUGAAGAACUUUGUUCUGACCUUUUCCGAGGAACUCUAGAUCCCGUGGAGAAAGCUCUACGAGAUGCCAAGUUAGACAAGACAAGCAUCCACGAAAUCGUGUUGGUAGGCGGAUCCACACGUAUCCCCAAAGUACAAAAACUACUUCAAGAUUUCUUCAAUGGAAAGGAACUGAACAAGUCCAUCAACCCAGAUGAAGCUGUUGCUUACGGUGCCGCAGUUCAAGCAGCUAUUUUACGUGGUGAUCAGUCCGAGACUGUGAAAGACAUGUUACUUCUUGAUGUGACUCCACUUUCAAUGGGUCUUGAGACAGCUGGAGGAGUCAUGACAGUGCUUAUCAAGCGUAACACCACAAUUCCCACCAAACAUUCUCAGAUCUUCACUACAUAUUCUGACAAUCAACCAGGUGUUCUCAUUCAGGUAUACGAAGGCGAACGAGCCAUGACUAAGGAUAACAAUUUGUUGGGCAAGUUUGAAUUGAGUGGCAUUCCUCCAGCUCCUCGUGGAGUGCCCCAGAUCGAAGUCACUUUCGACGUGGACGCCAAUGGUAUCCUCAACGUAACAGCGGUAGACAAGUCCACAGGGAAGGAGAACAAGAUCACCAUUACCAAUGACAAGGGUCGUCUCAGCAAAGAGGAAAUCGAGAGAAUGGUCAACGAGGCAGAAUCGUAUCGGGAACAAGACGCUAAACAACGAGAUCGCAUUGAAGCCAAGAACCGACUUGAGUCACUUUGUUUCAGUGUCAAAUCAUCCGUUAAUGAACCUUCAGUGUGUGACAAGGUGUCUCCCGAUGAAAAGCGUCAUGUGGAAGACAAGGCAGACGAAACGUUGAGGUGGCUGGACGCCAAUCAGUUGGCAGAGAAGGAAGAAUACGAGUACAAGAUGAAGGAAUUGGAACAGGUGUGGCGACCAAUAGCGAGUAAAAUCCAUGGAUCAGCUGGAUCCCCUGGAUACAGUGGCUCCUCAGGAAACGGUCCCACUGUGGAAGAAGUUGACUAA